GCUUUGCAGUUUGCUACGUCCUUCGUUGCUCGCCUCGUCGUGUAGCUGACUGCUGAGUGCUGAUUGCUGAUCGUGAUCGCUGGUCGCUGAUCGCAGAUCACUGGUCACAGAUGGUUGGCUCACGGUCGUCCAACGUGGUCCCUCGACGGGUUCAACACUGAAAACCGUUCACAGACAAAACAUGGCGACUUUAUGAUUCUGACAAUGACGUAAGGGUGGGAAGCAACGUCAAAGCAUUUUUAGUAGAGGAACCAGAUACUCUUGAACGUGGAAUCAUGGAAGCUGUUUUCAGUGAUGCCCAAGAAAAUGCCAAGGUUAUAAUGAAUACUUGUCUAACGGCAAUGAAAGCACAAGUAUACGACAAUAAGGCUUGCGUAAAUUCAUCAUCUGAAUUAAUAACAAACAAGUUAAUAGAUGAGAUAGUCCUUGAAGUGAUCGCUGAUUACCACAAAACAAUAAUUAAAUGGUGCGAUGACGAUGGCAUUUUCAACAAGAAGAAUUCUAAAAUUGAUGAAGAAUCGUUGACCAACGGUGAUUCACAACCCGUGCAUAUAGGAGUUAAAGUGAAGAAAAUCAUAUGUCCAAAAUGUAGAAAACAAUUGUAUCCAACAGGAUUCGGCCGUCAUUUAGAAAUAUGCCUUAAUGUCAGCAGCAGCAAUCGCACUCUUAGAAAUGCAACAAAGCCUAUCUACAGCUCCGUUCCUUCAUAUGAUGAUAAUUACGAUACGUGGAAUUCAAAAAGUGAAAAAUCUAAAAAUUUAAAAAGGAUUGAACAGAAAAAGAAAAAAGACAUUUCAAAAAGAAUUAAAAGGAGGGAAGGACAUAUUAAAACGAAGCAUGACAUCUGCAGCAUAGACUCGGGCAUCGAGUUAGAAGAAGUAGAUUCCCAAGGCUCGAAAAACGAUACUGGAAAUUCUUGCGCCCCCUCACCAGCUGAGUCAGUCUCAACGAGUAAGGGCUCUUCUUCAAAAAAGAAAAUCAAACAAAAACAGAAAUACGGAUCCAAAGGCUCAAAAAACAAAUUUGACAAUUAUUCCAUAGACCUUGGAUCUUCAAGUUCCUGAAAAUAGCUAAAAAGGUCCUCUCUCAGUAGAGGACCAAGCAGCAAGUCUUAAAAUAGGCUUUACUGGUGAGGAAACACAAGGAAAAGAAUAUGUACUUAGUCUGAAGCACAUUGCCACCCAUGGUUGUUAAUCUGAAGAAGAUAACUAAAAAUUUGUAUAGGCUGUUCAGAAAUUAGUCGCCAGGAGUCUUUUAUCAUAUUGAUAAGAUAUUACUGUACAUAAAAUUUUACUUCAUUGGAUUUAUUAAGCCUGAAUCGGAAUUUAAGUUGUAGUGUAAAAAACAGAAAUUUUAGCUUAAUUAAUUGUAUUGAACUGUCAUCAAAUUUUUAUAGUAAAAAUUUAAGACUGUCAUUAAGGUUUAAAAGAUCUAUUUAUUGUAAAUAUAAAUUUUAAUUACAAUUUUUAUUUUCAUAGACAUCACAUUAUUUCUUAUGUGGGCAAUUGCUAGUGAUUAGCAUUUUAGAUUGACAAAUUUGCGUGUAGUUUGUGUAAAAAAUGCUCUAAUAGAUUUGAAAAAGUAUUCGUACAAGUUAUUGUAAAUAUUUACAAACGAUUUUCUAUCAAAUGAAAUCAUAGUUUCAGUGUUUUUCAUGUUUUAACUCAAAACAUCCCACUUCAAGAAGUAUACUUUUUCUUUUUGUUAGAAGCAUAUUAGGCUAAAUAUAGUUCCUCAUUUUUUAUCAUAUCUUAACUGGAAUAUUCUACUAUUAUUACCUGUAAAUAAUUUAAAUAAAAAUUAAUAAAUGGA